AUGAUGGCAGAAGAUCAAUUAACACAUAUUGAUACAAUGACAAAUGUUGAAUUACGUGCUGAACUUAAACGACGUGGUUGUUCGACAUCAGGAAAUAAAAAAGAUCUUAUAACUAAAUUACAUGCUGCUUUAAAAAAAGAACCUGAACAAUCAUUAUUACGUGAUUCAGUUGAACAUCCACAAAAUGAAACACCAGUCAUACAUACAACUUUACCGAUUGAUGAUCAAGCUACUGCUCAACAUCCAUCUGUAUACACUUUAUCAAUACCACAAGAUGAUUUUCCAUCUUCUGCACCAAUAAUACCUACUCUUCAACAAUUACCUAUAACAUCAUCUGUAGAAGAUGAACAAUAUUCAACAAUAAAUGUUUCUAAAGUAGAUGAUAUUGCUAUUGUUUCUUCAACAUUCGAGAAAAAAACACGAGCACGUAGCAAAAAAUCUUCCAUCGAUAGUUCAUCGAAUGAAAAUUCAAAUACAACAUCGAAUCAACAAGUUAUAAACAAUGAACAAAAUGUUUUGGAUGUUUCAAGCAAUGACAACAAUGUAGAGAUGAAACCGUUUGUGAGUAAGAGUAUUGAGGAGGAGCAGAAAGAUAUAGAAAAAAUAGGAGCAGAGUUAUAUCCAUCAUCUGUUGGCAAUAAUAGUGCCAAGUUAGAGUCUAUUAUUAAAGAAAUCCCGUCGUCCGACGAACAACAACAUUCAAAUCAAUCGAAAUCAGAACAACAGGAUAAUCAAUCAGCAACGAUUGAUGAAGAAAAAAAUUCGGCAACAAAUGUUGUAAAUGAUGACACUAAAAAUCAAAUCGAGGUGAUUGAUCAGUCAUCAGAUAUUAAUUUAUCUGCCGAUUUAAAAGCAGCUACAACAGAACAUCAAGAGACUACAAAGGAAGAUGAAUCAUCAUCAAUGAAUAAACCAGUUGAAAAAGCUGCUUCUCAACAACUUAAAACAAAUCAAUCUCAAACAUCAUCAUUAAUGAAAGGUCUUCAUCGAUCAACAAAUAAUAAAAUCAAUUUAUCAUCUGGAAUUCUUAAAACACUUAUUCCUGAUAUAAGUUUAUUACGUGAAUCUGUUAUUAAUGAUCAACUUGAUGCAUUAAUAAAUGAUCAGAGUAAUGAUAAUCCUGAACAAUCAACAAAUGAACUAGUACUUGAAACAAAUAUUACUAAUGAGUUUCUUCCUUGUGAUUCAAUGACUAUUGGAGAUUUAGCCGAUCAAAAACAACAAACAAAUCGAACUGUUGUGAUGAAUAUUGUUUUUAAUUCAUCAUCAUUAAACGAUGAUAUUAAUGUAAGAAAAAAACAAAAUUUAACAUCAACACAUGUUUCUUCAUUUGAAUCAAAAACAUCAAUUGAUGGAAAAACUAAUACUAUUAUCACAGAUGAACCAAUUCGAAUAAGAAAUAUCACUGCCAUAAAUGAACCAUUAAGUCAAAUUUUAUAUAUUAGUGGUCUUACACGUCCAUUUAGUCUUUUACAAUUAAAAGAACUUCUUCAUCGUUAUGGAACAUUAGUAGAUGGUCAAUUUUGGCUUAACAAAAUAAAAAGUCAAUGUUUAGUUGCUUAUAAUACAAUAGAAGAAGCACAAAAUGCUCGUGAAGCGCUCGAUGGUUGUCGAUGGCCAUCAACUAAUCCAAAAAUAUUAUCUGUUCGAUUUGCUCAACAAAAUGAACUUGAAUUUAGUAAAACUCAUGAUUUACCACCAGAUCAAAUGUCUAUGGAUGCAAUCGAACGUAUUAUACAAGACAAAUCAAAUAUAAUACCUUCACGUCGAUCUCCUAGUCCAAUUGAUGGAAUAAAAUUGAAUACGAAGAAAAAUCACUUAGGUGUACGAGAAUGGAAUAUGUCAAAAUUACAAGAAGAAAAAUGCAGUGGAUUUAUGAUACCUGAAGAAAAACAUGAAGAAGAAUCAAUCAAAUCAAAUGAAUCACCAAUGAAAGGACUUGAUGAAUAUUUUCGUAAAACAAAAUCAAAACCAUCAAUUUAUUGGUUACCAUUAACAGAAGAACAGAUUAUUGAACGAAAUCAUCGACAAGAACAACGUAAUGCUGAACGUGGUGAAGCACGAAAAAAACAAGAACUUGAUGAAAAUAUUCAAAUAUCUGAUUCAAAAUCUCAUCGUCGAUUAUCACCAUCACAAGAAAAACGAAAACGUAGUCCAUCAUCAUUGAAACGAAAUUCUAAACGACAUUAA